AAAACACCACAAACUGUAGAUUGAGUGACAAAUAGGCCAUUGAUUUUGAUUUGCAAAUUGCAAUCAGUCUUACAGUUAUUGGCAAUCAAUUCAAUUACAAGACUUACGAUAAGUGGUGGCAAUGAUUGACGACAUACUCUUUGAUUUGCUUCACAUGGAAAGUGUGGAACUGUUGGCACAAAACAGUGACAACGACUCCAAGGAGUUGUGUGUCUCUCGCUUAGAGCACAUCGGAUACAACACUGGCUAUAGAUUUGUGGAGAAAGCGACCAAAGAGUGGCAGCGAUUCAAAGACGAGUUGGAUGUCAUGAAGUUCAUCUGCAAAGAGUUCUGGUCCACAGUCUUCAAGAAACAAAUCGAUAAUUUACGGACAAAUCAUAUGGGAAUCUAUGUAUUGCUGGACAAUAGGUUCCGGUUUAUCACACAAAUGUCAAACUCGAAGCAAUAUGUGGACCAAAUGCCAAAGGUUUGUACCACUGGUCACACCACUUGUCUUAUCAAGACUUACGAUAAUGUGGAACUGUUGGCACAAAACAGUGACAACGACUCCAAGGAGUUGUGUGUCUCUCGCUUAGAGCACAUCGGAUACAACACUGGCUAUAGAUUUGUGGAGAAAGCGACCAAAGAGUGGCAGCGAUUCAAAGACGAGUUGGAUGUCAUGAAGUUCAUCUGCAAAGAGUUCUGGUCCACUGUCUUCAAGAAACAAAUCGAUAAUUUGCGAACAAAUCAUAUGGGAAUCUAUGUAUUGCUGGACAAUAGGUUCCGGUUUAUCACACAAAUGUCAAACUCGAAGCAAUAUGUGGACCAAAUGCCAAAGUACUUGGCCUUCACGUGCGGACUCAUAAGAGGGGCGUUAAGUAACUUAGGGCUCAACUCAAUAGUCACCGCAGAGAUUGUUUUGCCCCCGAGUUGUCGCUUCCAAAUACAGAUCCAAAGACAACAAUAGAUGGUAACCAUUAUCUCAAUUUAUAACCUAAUUAUCACUUUGUCAUAACAAAUGGUAAAUCAACUUUGGAUUGAUUUUAAUUUAUAAUUUAA